AUGGGGAAGGUUACGAGGAAGGCGCAGGAGAAACACAAGGUGUCCUUGACGCUCGCAGUAUCAGACGUGGUCAACCAGUUAACCACCGUCCCCUAUGCCGAUUUGCCGUCCGUUCUCGCGAAAUGGCCCCAGACGUGGCCCUUCCCGAGGGGGGACCUCAACAACUGGAUAGAAGCUCUUGACCGGUUCGACGACAUCCUCCAGGCAUUCAACUCGAAGUAUGGCUUGGACAGAGGUCCGCAGACCGUACCUUUCGGCUCGACUCUGCUCCUCGAAGGGAGUUCUGGUAUAGACGAGAGAGGACUGAAAGAGCGAGGCUUCGGUGCUGAAGGCGAUAGGGAAUUAGUGGAGGCGAUCCUGGCCUUUUCGAAGCUUCUGGUGGACAAAUGUGCCAACCGAGCAGUCUACAACAGCACCGACCGCUUGAACGACUUGUUGAACACCACGUCCCUUUCCCUCCUGCACAGUACUUUGCGCAUUGCUUUUGCUCUGGCCCAGCGGUAUGCAGGCAUGCGGCCACCGGCCCACCACGCCGGCAAUUUCUACGACCUCGAUCUUGAACGUCUUCAGAAACUCGCUUUGCCUCUGGGCCAACCACCAGCGUCCUCUGCUGCCGGUAAGCGUGGACCGCCUUCGCCUGUCAAGGUUAAGUCGAAAGAGAAAACCUUGCCCGGGAGCAAAGCCAGGCGCGGAUCGGUUGCAGUCUCUCCGAACGACUUCCGCUCUCUCUGCAGAGACGCCCCACAGGCCAAAUCCUCGACAGCUGCACCUGAUCGAGACUGGUCUGUUUGGGCACACGUCAAGGUUGCAUGGUCGCCCACGGUCUCGGAACAGAAGCCUACAGCCGCUGAAUCCUCUCAGCCGUCAGAACCUCCACCCACACCUACGCCGACGCGCCACGCACCGGGACCCAGUUCAGCAGGCACCGCUGCCUCGCCCAACGAGACCGGCCAUCGGACCGCAGCUACUGGCGCAGAGGCAAAUAUGAAGCACAUUGAACUUUCAGCUUCCGACCUGGCGAGCAGCAGUAUCGAAGUGAUAUUGCGCGACAGUCAGUCUGACGACAUGCCGUCCAAGGUGCGUUACGAGCUGCUGCACCAGCUCCGUGUUGCCUACGGUCUGGCGGCGUCAGCGAAGACCCGGAAGCAGCUUCUGGAGAUCCGAUUGCUAGCAGUCGCGUGCCUGGCAAAUGUUUGCAGCGAACCGGACCUCUCCCAGAAACUGUUCUCGGUGGAGAAGCCUCAAGAAUUCAUUCAGCAGCUCGUUACUCUCUUGCACGACAAUAAGAAAGGGCAUAACGCCGUUCCCAUGUCUCUUCAGACGCUCGCUAUGUGGACAAUGUCAUUCCUGGCACAUUCAAAGUUCUGCGCUUCGGAAAUCAGCACGGCUUUGGGCGCCGGAUCAAGUCAGGGGCUCCUUUCACAGUUGAUCCAGAAGGGCCUGAUGGACAUUGCCAAGGAUAACGAUGCUACGGACAAUUUGGCUGGCGACGAGUGGAGGGAAGCCACCUUUACUAUACCCAGAACGCUUAUCGAGGUCGCCGGACAUCAUGGCCGCUCGAGCGAGGUGGCUGUUGCUAGCAGCUUCAUCAAGUCGUACUUGUCUGGAUUAGGCAUCUAUACCGGAAAAGCAAUGAAGGUCCACUUGAGGAUCCUAGACUUCAUGAAGACCUUCUUCCACCACUUCAAGGAUGGAUUGGCUGCCCUUCUGGCCGCCGACGCAUUUGAGUCCCUCAGCAAUCUCCUCGGCUCUCUCGUAACCAGUGCUUGGGAUCUCCUAAGGGCCGGCGAAGGCAUCCCAGAACAGCAAAAGACACGCAUUACGGACUAUGAGAUUCCAUACCUACAUCAGCAGAUCAUCCGGUCCGUUAUUGACAUGAUCAAUGACAUAAGUGGUCAUCAAGGUGCACAGGCAGAUCGCGUUUUGAGAAGCUUGGUUGACUCUCAAUCCCUGCUCCGUGCAUUCCGACUCAUUGUGGACCAGCUGUCAGCGUUCGGCGCGCACACUUGGAGUGAGGUGAUCAAGGCCAUUUGCGGAUUUCUGCAUAACGAGCCGACCAGCUAUACAGUCAUCUUCGAGGCGGGUAUCAUCCAGAGCAUUUUGAACACGGUCAACCCACCCCAGGAUUCUGCUGAGACACCGCCCGAGAAGCGCUCGAAGUCAAUAUCUUCAGCCCCUCAAAACCGACCCCAAGGCAUACCACCAGUCGUCGACGCGAUUGUCAAUGUUUCUCAAGUUUUUGGCGCCAUCUGCCUCACCAACGCCGGCUUCGAGUUGUUCAAGGGAUCUGGAGCGUUGGAGAAGUUCUUCGAGAUCUUCGAGUCUCCUGCGCAUGUUACUGUGCUAAGUGACGGAAAUAUCCUGGCAUUGCUUGGUUCGACAUUUGAUGAGCUGGUCAGACACCAUCCAAACCUGCGAAACUCGGUUCUAAGCGCCGUCAUGGUCAUGCUGGCCCGGGUCCGCCACAUCAGCAGGUCACUCUCUGUCAACUUCGGUGCCGGACCGAAAUUGUUCCUAGCUUCCGAGGAUGGGCUUGAGACAGAACCUUGUGGUGGGCGCGAGGCUCUUUCCUUGGAGAUUCUCCCACCGCUACGAACCGAUGAUGACGGCCCUGCCACCCAGAGACGAAUCGAGUUGCCCAACGGCGACAAUCUAACACUUGAGGACGAAGUACUUCCGCCGAGUACGCCAAAGGCCGCUCCCAGUGACAAAGAUGAUAAUGGUCUCAAGGCUAGCGACUAUGCAAGACCUGCCAUCGCGUUCCUGAUGACAUUCUUCGAGCACCAGUCUCACUGCACCAAUUUCCUUGAACACGGUGGAUGUGACCUUGUCUUGGACUUCAUCACAUUGCCCAGUAUGCCUGUUGCGAGCGAGCCAUUCCGCCACGGUGGCUUGUAUCAGGAGCUGGCUUCCGCAGUCCAUAUGAUGGCAGAAUGCAAGCCACAAAUUGUCCUGCCGGCACUGGUCGAUCGCGCACGUUUCGCGUGUUCAGCGCUGAAGCAUUUCUCCCAGUCUCAACCUAUGGAUUGGUCUUGCUACUUCCAGCCUCUCAUCAAAGCCUCGGCGACGACCGAUGGAAGGGGCAAGAGCCCUGCCCCCGAGCUUUCUGAAGUCGAGCUCAAUGGUACUCGCAUUGUCAGAAGCAUGAUGGCAGUCUUCUGCCUCGCUCAAGUCUUUAGCGAGGUCUUUCACAUGCCUAUCUACAAUCAGCGACACAUGCAGAAUCUUUUGUUCACCACGGUAAAUCUCGAGGAUGUCUUUGCGGACAUUGCCAGAAUGAUGGGCGCUAUCUCCGCUGCCUGUUGCCGUGAAGACGUCGCUCUUCAGCGGUCGAUUCCUGAAAGUUGGCUCUCUGCGACUCGACCUGACCACUUCUCUACAGGUAACGACGAGGUCGACAAGCUUUUGAGCAUUCGGGAUAGCGCUGCUCGGGUUACUGGCCAGUCCACGCCUCAAUCUGGAGAAGUGGCGCCAUCCUCACAGCCGGAUAUAGGCGACCUGAGUAUGGAAACACAGACGGCAUAUUUCAAGAAUGUCCAAACUCUACGAUUCUUGUUAAUCGAAACUCCGGCUGCCAUUACCGAGUUCCUGUGCCGUCUUGGCAGGAGCAUUGCGGCUCGCCGACGUCCAGAUACCUUUGCGAAACAGAAGACGACCAUAGUGGCGAAUGCCCUGGCGACUGCAUAUCUGACCCAAUUGCAACCUUACUUCCUGGGUUCCAAAGGGGCAGGGGAAGCAGACAACGAGAAUACCGAACCUCGCUUCACCUACCUUGUGGUUACUCUCGACAACGUCCGCCGCUGCUUCUACGACGAUAGCACUUCCUCCUCGGGGCCAAUCACAACACAUGCCAUUCGUCAAGGUUAUGUUGUGGAAGCAUUCCGUAAAGCUGGAGGUGUUCAAACUCUGACGAAGGUCGGGACAGAAUUCUUCGAUAAGUUGAAGUCGUGCAAGGUUGAACAUUCUACCUUUUCCGCAAACACUGGUCUGAAGAUUUGUCUCGAUAUCCUGGACGAUUUUACGGACGCUAAGUGUAUCAUGGACUCCGCACAGUCGAUCAACAUGAAGAACACGGAUCCAUCGCGCCCGUACUACUUCGUCCCGGCACAAGUGCUGCUCAACCUUCGAAUGGAAGCACUUCCACUCACCCGGCUGAUCUGGGAGAGUGAAUAUGCAGAUCAAGCGUCAAAGAAUGUCGUCCAGAAGCUAGUGUCGAUCUUGAAGCAUGUGUUGAAUGGUGACCAUGAGAACGAAGCAGUGCAGACCGACAGUGGCCAUCCUACUCUGCCGCCUUUCACCUGGAGGAAAUUACCGAACGCCUUGGAACCGUCAAAGGUCAACGCUCUGAAGGAGAAAGGGUACGAUGAAGACCUCGUCCGUGAGGCCUUAUAUCGAUCAAACUCCCAGGCACCAAACAACUAUGCCCCGGCAGAGGACUACUGUCGAGCGCUUACAGGUAGCACCCGGCGGAGACGGUUGCCCGUUCCUGACAGAGAAGGUGAUCCUUCCGUCGCCCUCGGCGAGCCUUCAGGCACCUCCAGCACGCAGAGCGCCCUGCAGAUUGGUUCUUGGCCGGGUGAUCCCCUCGGUGGCGCGCCGGUGGGUGCUCCCGCUGACGGGCACCCAACUGGAGAAGAUAACGAGAUGGAAGACGUCGAUGAAUCCGGUGAAGAUUCUGAACUGGAGUCUGGUCAUACAUCGAGACCUAGGGGAACCGCUGCCGCGGAUGGCACUUCUGCGGUGGAGAACAGCAAUCUCCUCAACAGUGAGAGCGAGCCUUCUCGUCGGGAGCCACAGCUACAGGUCAAGCCGCCAUCAUCGUACUCUGUUGCAUCAAUAACUGCAGAGAGAGCUAUCGUGAGGGAAGACCUCGCCGACCGAUGCAACAACAUCCUGAACAACCACCAGGGUUUGACGUUUGAACUGUCAGACCUCAUCAUCAGCGCGACCAGUAAGUUGAGCGAUGAGCUCACCAAGGAGUACUGGAGAACCACAUCGGGCCUUCUUACGAGCUCUCUGCUUUCUAUGCAAGUUGAAGAUGACAUCACCGAAGCUCAGGGCAAGAAGAUUGCAGCUGCGGCCCAUCUUGUGGCUCUGCUCAUCCAGGACACCGAAGUGUUCGACGAGACCGUGGCCAUAUUCCAAGAUUCUUUCGAAGGAUUGCUCUCGUUCCUGAGUCUUCCAGCAGCAAACGGAAAGAGUGACGAAGGCGCUUACCCAUGGGUGGCGCCCGUCUUACUGAUCAUUGAGAAGAUGUUAUCCAAAGACUGUGAGCCGGCGGUGGUGACAUGGUUUCCACCCACCGAUCUUGAUUCUUCAAGCGAACCAAUCAUCACUCCGACAUCAGUCUUCACCACAGAAGCCAAGGUCAAACUCUUUGAUUCUCUGAUCAACCUGCUGCCACGCGUCGGCAAAGACAAGGGAAUGGCUCUCGCAAUAGCCAGGGCGCUUGUUGCGCUUACUCGGACGCGUGAACUCGCAACGCGAGUGGCAGAGAAGAGAAAUCUCCAGCGACUCUUUCUUAUGGUCAAGCAACUUGCUAAUGGUGUUGGACAUCGCUUGCAGAGUUCCCUCAUGCUUAUCCUGCGUCACAUUGUUGAAGAUGAUGACACCUUGAGGCAGAUCAUGUGCAGUGAGAUCAAAGCGUUAUUCAGCACGCGAAGCUCAAUUAGAAACCCUGACACCAACGCCUACGUGCGAGAAUUAUAUCAUCUCGCCGUGCGGUCUCCUUCUAUCUUUGUGGAAGCAACCAACGAGACUGUAAAAUUGUCUCAAUGGCAACCCCAGUCUGGCGGUGUCGCCACUGUCGUGUUGAAAAAGACUUCACUGGGCCAUUCGGACGAGGAAAGUCAAACUGAGCAGGUGCGACUACAUGACGGUGCCAUCGACAGCGCAGCGCAACCGGCAAGCAGUAUUGAAGUGCCUCAAGCGACGGUGGAGGAAGCCGGCAAGUCCAAGGCACCGGAAAUGAGGCCUCCUGUGGUCGAGCAUCCGGAUGGGGUCAUCCAUUUCAUCCUUUCGGAGCUGUUGAACUACAAAGAUGUCGAGGACAAGGAAGUCACUCCCCAAGCGUCCUCCGCAGUCACCACCAAUGGAUCCGCCGAUCAAACUCUGCAGGAUUCUGCAGGAGCCUCUGAAGGCACUGUUGCUGACAACACUCGGCCAAAGCCAGAAAAGGCCAAGUUCAAGCCGGAAGAGCAUCCCAUCUUCUCUUACCGAUGCUUCUUGAUGUACAGCCUGACAGAGCUUUUACACUCUUACAACCGUACGAAGGUGGAGUUCAUAAAUUUCUCUCGCAAAGCAGAUCCAAUGGCAGGUACUCCGUCGAAGCCUCGCUCAAGCAUACUCAACUAUUUCCUCAACGGCUUGAUACCGUCAUGCUACGUUGACAAGGAAGAUUCACUCCAGUUCAAGAAGAAGUUGCUUACAAGCGACUGGGCAAUCCGUGUUGUAGUGGCUUUGUGUUCCAAGACAGGAGAGUCUGGCACCAUCGCCCCUGCUCAGAGAUACUCGACACAACCACAGAUCGACGACGUUGACAAUGAGCCAGACCUGACUUUUGUGCGUAGAUUUGUGCUCGAGCACGCAAUCAAAGCAUACAAGGAUGCAACCUCGUCGACGGAGAGUCUUCAGAUGAAGUACAGUCGCUUACUGUGCCUUGCUGAUAUGUUCAAUCGACUUCUAACAAAGCCUGCUGUGCCUGAAGGAACUGCCGGAUCCCAGAACACGUCGUACAAGGUUCUUGCCCGUAUGAUGUUUGAGAAGAACCUGAUCUCGGUCUUGACAAGCUCCCUUGCCGAAAUCGAUCUUGCAUAUCCUGGCUCGCGCAGAGUCGUCAAAUUUAUCCUACGUCCUUUGCAGGAGCUCACCUCGUUAGCCAGCUCAUUCACCACGUCAUCCCCAGACUUGACUUCAGUGGUCAGCACCAUGUCCGACGAUGUCAUUUCGUCUGCAUCAUCGGUGUCUGACGUCGAUGAGGAAGAACGAGAAGAAACUCCAGAUCUGUUCCGAAACUCGGCGCUCGGCAUGCUCGAUCCCAACCGUGAUCCUGACGAGUCUGACUCUGAAGAUGACGAGGACGACGAGGAUGAGGAGAUGUAUGACGAGGAAUAUGGAGACGAGAUGGAGUAUGACAAUGGCCUUGUUGCUGGCGGGAACGACGACGAAGCCGUUAGCGAUGAGGAGGAAGAAGGCGAAAUGGGGCCUGAAGGCGAGAUCGAAGGCCUUCCGGGUGACGUGCCAAUGGAUAUUGAGUUUGUGGUUAAUGACCAGGGCAUGGACGUCGAUACCGAUGAAGACGAAGACGAUGAUGAAUCCGACGAAGACGAGGAUGAUGAUGAGGAAGACGAAGAUGGUGACGACUUCGAAGUUGGCGAUGAUGUGGACGCCGGCGAGAUUAAUGGUGACGACGAGAACCACAGCCUCCAUGACGGCCCUGAGGAUGAAGAAGGCGAGUGGGAAGACGAAGACGACGAGGAUGAAGACCAUGAAGGAGUUGUUCAAGAUCCCAUCACCCAGCUGAGCAACGACCAAUUUGAGUUCGAUGGAGACAUUAUGGCAGUCGAAGGUGAUGGCGAAGGCGGACUGCCAGCUCCAGGGGUCCUCAGCAAUCUUCUCCGGGUUUUGGGGGAUCACGACUUGGAUGGGCCAGCUGGCAUGCCACAUCCAGUCCCACCAGAAUUGAUCGUUCCAGCGGCGGGUUCCGGAGAGCCCGAGGACGAAGAUGACGAUGAGGAUGAUGACGAAGACGACGAAGAAGGUGAGGAGAUGGAUGAGAACGGAGAAAUGGCAUUCGAGCGUGAUUUUGAGAUCCUCGAACAUGCUGAUCAUUUGAUGUGGGAUCAUACCCCCAUGAUUCGACGGCACCGUCCACUCCGUGGCCCUGGUGGCUGGAGUUUCACGCGGCGUAUUGGAGGUCGCGAAGACCUCAAUCCCUCUGCUCGUUCAGGUCGUCUUGGUCCGCAUGGGAGAUCAGGGGCCGACGAUGGGACGAAUCCUUUGUUGCGACGGCCUCAACCCGACAGUCGACAGCGACCCGAGCACACUGGUCCAAAUAUUGUCCUUCCGCCCGGUCUCGAAGCGGCUAUUCCGGGUAUACGGGCUUUCCCUCCUCUUCAGACAACUUUUCAGACCAUUGAUGGUCACGGCAUGGGCGGGCAUGGAGCUGUGCUUGAUGCCAUCUUCCAGGCGAUACAGCGCGGUGAGAUAGAGGGUGGUCAAGUGCGCCUCCGUAUCCCAACCCCUCUUGCAGACCUCCGCGAUCCCUGGCGGGCAUCGACUUGGGAUCCGCGUCACCAUCGCCACGUGUCGCGCGAAGACUCUCAACGAGCGAGCAAUUUUGUUCCCGCCGUCACAAUGACACGUUGGCAAGAGGAGGCGCGACUCCUCUUCGGCAAUGGCUAUGUGGAAAAGCUCCAGCGCGUCCAGGUGUGGGUCAUGUCUGUUUUGGUUCCCCCUGCUCAACAGGAAGAGAAGGAACGCAGACGCAAGCGAGAGGAGGAGGCGAGAGCAGAGCUCGAAGAAGCAGAGAGACUGAGAGUUGAAGCAGCACGCCGCAAGAAAGAGCAAGAGGAGCAAGAGGAGCAGGAGCGGCUACGUGCGGAAGCUGAAGCUGCUGCCGCUGCCGAGGCCAGAGGUCAGGAAGAGGCUCACCCGCGGGAUGGAGAUGGCGACACAGAUCCCAUGGAGGAUGUUCAAGGCACAGGUGCAGCCGUUGCUCCCGAUGCUGGCGAGAGUGCCGUUUCCGUUUCAGCCGGUCCCGAAGCUCGACCUCGCGUUUUCACCACCAUCAGAGGCCGUCAACUCGACAUUACUGGUUUGGACAUCGACGUCGAGUACCUGGAAGCAUUACCAGAGGAACUCCGGGAAGAAGUCAUUAUGCAACAGUACGCCACUCGCCGCGAAGAGGCUCGAGAACAAGGAACCGAAUCCAACGAGAUAGAUCCAGACUUCCUCAACGCGCUGCCAGAUGAAAUACGAGAAGAGAUUCGGCAACAGGAAGCUCAUGCACAACGACGACGGGAACGUGAGGAAGCUCGCAGACAAGCUGCAGCCACCGGUGGCGCGUCCGGACAGCCAGAGGAGAUGGACAACGAUAAUUUCUUGGCUACUCUCGACCCUGCCUUCCGACGUGUUAUUCUCGCAGAGCAACCACCAGAGAUUCUCCGCCAACUUGAUCCACGCCAUGCUGCAGAGGGACGGGCGCAUGCUAGACGCCUGUAUCAGUACGUCAGAGGCGAUAGAAACCCUCGUGAUGACAGACAGAAUGAAGACGCGGGCGGUCGGGACAGCAAGCGACAAAUCAUUCAAAUGGUCGACAAAUCUGGAGUUGCCACUCUACUUCGCCUCAUGUUCCUCCCGCAAGGAGGGUCACUACGCACCAAUUUGUGGCAGAUCCUUCGCAACAUCUCUGGAAACAGAGUCACACGAUCAGAAGUGGUCAACCUACUUCUUGUCAUUCUCAAAGAAGGCUCAACAGACGUGACGGCAGUUGAGCGCAGUCUUGCGAACCUGUCCCUGAGAGCCAAAGCCACCGCGUCGCAAAAGACGCCUCAGCCACUCAAGCGGACGCUUUCCUUGCAACCUGUAGGUGGCGUUAGCGAGGAAGUCACUCCCCUUGUUGUGGUAGAUCAGUGUCUUGCCGCUUUGAAGCAACUAUGCCAGAACAACUAUCAUUCAAGAACUCUUUUCAUUCGCGAGGUCGACAGCAGUCCAGCUUCUAAGAAGGGGAAAGGAAAGGCCAAAGAAGCCAAGGCUGCCCGAUACCCUCUGAAUGAUCUCGUCGGCUUGUUGGACCGAAAGUUGAUUGUGGAGAGUUCCUCUUGUCUCCAGUCACUCGCAGAGCUUUUGUCUACGGUUACUCAGCCGUUGCAGAACCUUCUGAAGAAGGACAAGGACAAGGACUCGAAUGAGCCUAGACCCACCAAUGCCGAAGUCAGCAACGCCGCGGCAGGUGCUGCUUCGACAGUACCUGAUGAGGCGGCACAACUUGGGCAACCGGACACGGAUGUGGAGAUUCAUGAUGCUCCAGCGCCUGCUGGCGGGACUGAUGCUUCUGGAAGUGCAACUCAGCACACCGAGACGACAGCCCCAGCAGCCGACGAGGUUGCCAAUACCAGCAACGAAGACUUAACGACCGAGGAAGGCAAAUCCAAGAAGGUAUUUGAACCUCCAGAGAUCUCGCAACACAAUUUGCAACUUAUCGUAACCAUCUUCGUGGCUCCUGAGUGCAAUAGUGACACUUUCCACUCCACCCUGGAGACUAUGUCCAACCUUUCAAGCAUACCUGGCACGUCCGACGUUUUCAGCAAAGAAUUGAUCCAUCACAUUCAGGAACUUUCGGAGGCCAUCUGCAGAGACCUGGACGAACUGGUGCCCCAGCUCAAAGAAGCGCAAUCGAUCACCGAUCUACAUGUUCUCUCGUCUACCAAGUUUUCCCACUCGGGCUCCGAUCAGGUGAAGCUGCUACGAGUUCUCCAGGCCCUGGACUAUCUGUCUGCACCCAAAGUCGAGACUGAAGAUGGUGCUGAGAAUGCCGUCGUCAGAAGCAUCCUGACGUCUUCCUACGACAGCCUAGGUCUCAAACCACUAUGGACCAAGUUGAGCGACUGCCUGACCACUGUCCGUGAGAAAGAGAAUAUCGCCAGCUUCGCUACGAUUCUCUUACCGUUGAUCGAGUCGUUGUUGGUGGUCUGCAAGAAUACCUCUCUCAAGGACUCGAUGCUCGCCCGUCAGAUCAAGGAGCAAGCGCCGGGAAGUCCUGCACCGGAAGCCAUGGACGAGCUGCAAGAGCUGUUCUUUAACUUCACAACAGAGCACCGCAAGAUACUCAACGACAUCAUCCGCCAGUCUCCAAAGCUGAUGCAAGGUAAUGGCAGCUUCAGCUUGCUGGUCAAGAAUCCCAAAGUACUUGACUUCGACAACAAGCGCGCCUACUUUACCAAGCUGAUACAUUCUCGUUUGCAUCAGCAGCGGCAUAUCCAGCCACCACUGCAGCUCAAUGUCCGCCGUGACCAAGUCUUUUUGGAUUCAUACAAGGCCUUGUACUACAAAUCCGCCGAGGAGAUGAAGUAUGGCAAGCUCAACAUUCGCUUCAACGGCGAAGAAGGCGUGGACGCAGGCGGUGUCACUCGAGAGUGGUUCCAAGUACUUGCUCGAGGCAUGUUCAAUCCGGAUUGGGCGUUGUGGCAACCAGUCGCUGCUGACCGCACUACAUUCCAUCCCAGCCCUCUCAGUUGGAUCAACGGCGAACACCUGCUCUAUUUCAAGUUUAUCGGCCGGAUUAUCGGCAAGGCAUUACACGAAGGCCGCGUGCUUGACUGCCAUUUCAGCCGAGCUGUCUACAAACGUCUCCUCGGCAAGGAACCAAACCUCAAGGAUCUUGAGUCGAUGGAUCUCGACUACUACAAGAGCUUGGUCUGGAUUCUGGAGAACGACAUCACCGACGUCAUCACCGAGGACUUCUCUGUCAUUGAAGAGCAGUUCGGUGUAGAGAAAGUCAUUGACCUCAUUCCCAAUGGUCGGAACAUUCCUGUGACUGAGGAGAACAAGCGAGAAUACGUCAAUGCACAAGUACGCUACCGUCUUACAACUUCGGUUCAAGACCAGAUCGAGAAUUUCGUGAAGGGCUUCCACGAUAUCAUCCCAGCGGAGCUUAUCGCCAUCUUCGACGAACAGGAACUCGAACUGCUCAUUUCCGGGUUGCCGGAAAUUGACGUGGAUGAUUGGAAAGCCCACACCGAAUAUCACAACUACAAUGGCAGCAGCCCUCAGGUCGUAUGGUUCUGGCGCAUUGUGAGAGGCAUGAGCAAUGAAGAGCGAGCGAAGUUGUUGCAAUUCGUCACUGGUACCAGCAAGGUCCCGCUCAACGGCUUCAAAGACCUCGAAGGUAUGCAAGGCAAUACCUUGUUCAGUAUCCACAAGGAUCCAAGCCAAUCUCGCCUUCCUACCAGCCAUACCUGCUUCAACCAGUUGGACUUGCCCGCUUACGAUGACUACGAUACCCUGAAGAAUAAUCUGAUGACGGCAAUCAACCUGGGCGCCGAUUAUUUCGGCUUCGCAUGA